AUGGCAUUAAUUGAUGACGAUUUUGAAGUAUAUAAUAUGCAAUUAAAUGCAAUGAAUAUGGAAAUAUUUAACGAUAUGAACUUUGAAAAUGAAGGAAGACGAGUUUUAAUGCAAGAAGAUCCUUUCGUUGUACUCUCUGACCGGCAAUUCAUUGGGACCUAUCGAUUAAGUAAAAUUCUAGUGCAAGAGUUAACUAAUCUCCUGACUCCUUUUAUAAAAGGUCCAAAUACAUCUGCUGGACUAAGUAUUAAAAGAAAGUUAUUAACAGCACUAAGAUUUUUUGCAAGUGGAAGCUACCAGCAAGAUAUUGGGGAACAUAGAGGUGCUUCUGUGAGUCAAGCUUCUGUAAGUAGAUGCAUUACUGAAGUAGCCAAUGCUUUGAAUGUUCCAGAAAUACUCAACAAAUAUAUACAUUUUCCAAGUUCUGUUAGUGAACUUAAAGAAGUUCGUUUAGG